GGUACACUUUUCUCCUUAGGUGACCCACUCCUCCACCCCGGAACCCCUCUCCCGGGACCCUACUUCCGGUCUUCAUUUACAAGUCCCGCCCCCUGCGACCCCCUCCCCGGAAGUCCCACCUCCCAACUUCAGGGGGCUCUCCGAACCCCGACUUAUUUUCUGUUUAUUGUCCCCAACCCUACCCUGUAGUCCAACUUUCCUGGAAGCCCCACCCCCAGACAUGCUUCCAAACUCCUGCGUUAGUCCUUCCGAUUCCCCGAAACCCCGCCUCCUCGAGACGAUUCUCCGCUAACCCCUGUCUGUCAAAAGCCUAGCUCCCAAAAGGGCAGAACCCUGCUACUCAAAGAACUAUUCGAAUUCGUGAGGCCACGCCUCCCUAAGGGUUCCACCCCUUUAGAAGCCUCUCCCCUUCCUUAAUCCACGUCGGAUCGUCCAGAAACCUCGCCUCCUGGGAGUCUCCGGUGCACGCGUCUUGAGGGGCCACGCCCCUUCAGGAGCGUUAUCCCGGUUGGACCCUUGUCAUCGCCUCAGGAGCUUUGUCUUCAAUCUCAGAAACUUCACCUGCUUGAGCUUCCUCGUUCCUUUUCUCUUUGGGGCCCUUGGCUUAGUUUUCCUGAGCUCUUAGGCUCAAACUGGGACCGACUCCACCCCAGAAACAGCUGUUUGUCUCAUACCUGUACGACGGGAGCUGGGUAGGGCCGUGAAUUUGUCGAUGUGUGACAUGUGGGUGUGACAGAAGAGAAAGUUUUCAACCACCUGAAGACGGUGGCUUGGAAUGGGUGUAGGUAACAGUGUCCUUUUUGCUGUUUGAUUUUUUUUUUUUUUUUUUAAGGGACUCUUCAGGCCCUACCACUUCUCUGGCUCUUCCCUUCCCCCAAACAGAGUUCUAGUCUGGGCAUUUCUCCUGGUCCUGCUUGCCCAGCCUUCCCUGCUGGAAACAUUCCUGAGGCUUUCGCCAUUUCCUGCUACUUUCCGCCUAUCUUGCCUCCUCCUCCCUGCUGGGCUGAGAAGCCACAUGCAACUUCUUCCCCACACCCAGUCGUUCGGAUUCCCAGUUGCAAUCUCCUUUCUUCCUCUGUAAAUUUAAAGAGCCCUACUUCCUCUCUCUUUUCUAACCAUGCCCGCACCUGUUGGUCAUUCCUUGUCUCUGGAUUCUGCAGGCACCCGCAGAAUGCCCACCUCUAAAGAUGAGGAUAUCCUGGUGUGUGUUUGUAUGUGUGUAGGGGGGGCGGUGAGGCUUUGGCAGAAUACUUUCCUCCUUCUGUUUCUGAGUUCUGAGGCCUUAGGAAACAGAGUGAUAGAUUUUCUUCUCAGGAGUGGUGCAUGGAGUGGUAAAGCUCUCCUGGAUUGAGGACUAUGGGGGCGGUGAUAAGCACAGUAUCUAACAUGUUUUAAUUGUCAGGGUUGUUGGUCACUGUAAUCACGAUGAUUUGCAUUUUAAAAAAUAUUCUAAAGUAAAUUUAAAGAUAGGCAAUUCCGAGGUGAGCCUGGUGAGGGUAUAUGUGUCUUUUACUACUACUUUUUUUUGGUUGCUUUCUAACUUCCUCUGUGGCCCCCUGGAGCAGAGCUGUGGCAGGAUGCUGUGGGUGGAAGGAAUGACUUUGGGACUGUUCCCUGUGUCCAGCCUCAAUCCUCUUCUGGCACCCCUUUCUCAUGAGCACAGAUUUGUCUUCUGCCCCUCUGUCCCUUCCUGGCCACUUCUCUUGGAGAACUGUUGCACUGCCCCAUCUCCUCCGGCCAGACUCUGCCCUUGGUAUGAGGGGCAUCAUGCUCCGUGGUGGAUACCUGCACUUUCCCUGGUCACUACUAAAGAGGAGGGGUAUGUGUUCACCUGCAGGUCUAGGGAUCUGACCUUAGUGUCAAUGCCCUGGCCACCCCCCACCCCUUCUACCCUUGACAGCUUAUUUGCCGUAAAAGAGGGGGGCAGAAGAGUACUUGGCUUGGGCCUCUGCUCCUUGGCAUGGUAGGCGCCAUGCACGGAGAACAAGCCUCCACCAAACUGUCCUCUGCUCCAGCUCCUGUCUGGUGGUUCCCUGACGUGCCACCCAGGUUGGACUUUAUUCCUCUUACUUUAACAGCUUUGCCUUUCCUCUUGGCCCCUCCCUGCAUCCACUGGGACCAUGUCCUUCCUUUUCCCAUUUCUUUAGCUCCCUCCACAGCUGUGAUAGCCAAGGAGGCUAAUGGCCCAGGCUCCCUGGGGCCACCACCCCUCUGUGGGGCAGUGGUGGGGGGUGGCUGGGGCUGGAGGCUGAGGGAAUUUGAGUGUUCAACCAGGACAGGAAGGGAAUUGCUGAGCUCAGGGAUCCCCUCCCUUUCCCACCCCCAGCUGCCUCUGUUUCCUCCCUCAGCCUACCCCCCAUCCCCCACUGCCCUCCCUCAGCUUCCUGCUCCCUUUGGCCUGCCCUGUCCGGUCUGGAUUGAUCCAGACCUCCUCUUAUCGCCCUCCUUUCCUCCUCACUCCUCCAUCCUUCCCUCCCACUCCCACUUUACUCCUCCCCCAAUUACUUGUUUGUACGGUUGGGUGGGGGGAUCAGGCUGGGGGGCAUGGAUCGCUCCGCCUGGCGGGCAGCGAGAGUUCUGGGUUGGGGCAGUGUUGGGGGCUCAGCCCCUCAGAGCCUGUGAGUCAGCACUGUCCUCGGGAUUGGUCUCUCCCCUUAGCUCCCCGCCCCUGGGGAGGAGCCAGGCAGCUCUAGGUCCAGCCUGUUCUCCUCUCAGCCUGAGAAGAGGCUCCACGCUGGGCGGGGAUGGGGCCUGAAACUGUCUGGGUCUGAGCUGGGGAAGCCAGAGCUACUUGUCCCUCUCCCUCCCCAGGACCCUUGAGAUCCCUGGGCCAUAGAGGUCCGAUCAGGCUAAGGGCCUGGGAUGCCCCCUGCCUGGCCCCCUUGCCCUGACUGGCAGGGGGGCCAGGCUGGGCUGCAGCCUCCCUCUCACUCCAGCCAUGGAUCUCCUGCCCCCCAAGCCCAAGUACAACCCACUUCGGAAUGAGUCUCUGUCAUCGCUGGAGGAGGGGGCUUCAGGGUCCACCCCACCGGAGGAGCUGCCAUCCCCAUCAGCCUCAUCCUUGGGGCCCAUGCUACCACCUUUGCCUGGGGACGACAGUCCCACUACCCUGUGCUCCUUCUUCCCCCGGAUGAGCAACCUGAAGCUGGCCAACCCAGCUGGGGGGCGCCCGGGGCUGAAGGGGGAGCCAGGAAGGGCAAACGAGGAUGGGGAGGGGAUUGUAGGGGCAGCCAUGCUGGACUCAGGCCCCCUGCCCCUCCUCCAGGACAUGAACAAGCUGAGUGGAGGCGGCGGGCGCAGGACUCGGGUGGAAGGGGGCCAGCUGGGGGGCGAGGAGUGGACUCGCCACGGGAGCUUUGUCAAUAAGCCCACCCGGGGCUGGCUGCAUCCCAACGACAAAGUCAUGGGACCCGGGGUUUCCUACUUGGUUCGGUACAUGGGCUGUGUGGAGGUCCUGCAGUCAAUGCGCGCCCUCGACUUCAACACCCGGACUCAGGUCACCAGGGAGGCCAUCAGUCUGGUGUGUGAGGCUGUGCCGGGUGCUAAGGGGGCAACAAGGAGGAGAAAGCCCUGUAGCCGUCCACUCAGCUCCAUUCUGGGGAGGAGUAACCUGAAAUUUGCUGGAAUGCCAAUCACUCUGACCGUCUCCACCAGCAGCCUCAACCUCAUGGCCGCAGACUGCAAACAGAUCAUCGCCAACCACCACAUGCAGUCCAUCUCGUUUGCAUCCGGCGGGGACCCGGACACAGCCGAGUAUGUCGCCUAUGUUGCCAAAGACCCGGUGAAUCAGAGAGCCUGCCACAUCCUGGAGUGUCCCGAAGGGCUCGCUCAGGACGUCAUCAGCACCAUCGGCCAGGCCUUCGAGCUGCGCUUCAAACAGUACCUCAGGAACCCGCCCAGGCUCGUUACCCCCCACGACAGGAUGGCUGGCUUUGAUGGCUCAGCUUGGGAUGAGGAGGAGGAAGAGCCCCCUGACCAUCAGUACUAUAAUGACUUCCCGGGGAAGGAACCACCCCUUGGGGGUGUGGUGGACAUGAGGCUUCGGGAAGGAGCCCUCCCAGGGGCUGCUCGACCCACUCCACCCAGUGCCCAGACCCCCAGCCACCUGGGAGCCACGCUGCCUGUGGGGCAGCCUGCUGGGGGAGACCCAGAAGCCCGCAAACAGAUGCCGCCCCCGCCACCCUGCUCAGCAGGCAGAGAGCUCUUUGAUGACCCCUCCUAUGUCAAUGUCCAGAACCUGGACAAGGCCCGGCAAGCAGGGGCUGGGGCCGGGCCCCCCAAUCCUGCCAUCAACGGCAGUGCACCCCGAGACCUCUUUGACAUGAAGCCCUUUGAAGAUGCCUUGCGAAUGCCUCCACCUCCCCAGUCAACAGCCAUGGCUGAGCAGCUCCGAGGGGAGCCCUGGUUCCACGGGAAGCUGAGCCGGCGGGAGGCCGAGGCACUGCUACAAGUCAACGGGGACUUCCUGGUGCGGGAAAGCACGACCACGCCGGGCCAGUACGUGCUCACCGGCCUGCAGAGUGGGCAGCCCAAGCACCUGCUCCUGGUGGACCCUGAGGGUGUGGUUCGGACAAAGGAUCACCGCUUUGAAAGUGUCAGUCACCUCAUCAGCUACCACAUGGACAAUCACUUGCCCAUCAUCUCUGCGGGCAGCGAACUGUGUCUCCAGCAGCCUGUGGAGCGGAAACUGUGACCUGUCCCAGUGCUCUCUCAGAAGAUGCCCUGCGGUCCCUUCCACCCUAUUCCCUGACUCUUAGGACCUCACUUGGGAGUGUUCAUGGGCUUGGCCUUGUGUAGGACUGGGGAUACUGUGGACACCGGGUUCAGCAUGCAGCUGAGUGAGAGGGUUUGAGUCAGGAACCAGGGGUGGAGUCCUGCUUCUCCCCAGACCUCACCAAAGUAUUAAUGUACAGAGUGGCCUCCUUCCCUGGGCCUUUCCCGUGCCAACUUGAUACCCCCUUCCCCAAGGUGGGUGCUGGAGGCCUGGGCAGGAUGCCUCCUGGUGAUGGAAGAUGUUCUGUGGUGAUAGGCCCUGCGGAGCAAUCACCCUUCCAGGGAAGGGGAACUGAAUCAUACCUUUCGUCUACCCCUGGGCUCAGGGUACCCCAGACUCCUCUCAACAACCCUCCCUCCCAGCGUUUAAACUUUGUGCCUUUGACCAUCUCCUAGGUCUGAAGAUAUUUUAUGCAAAGAGUUCUUGGGCCCCUGAAGUCAAGGAUGGGGGUGCUGACAGCUUCUUGGCUUCUGGGACCCCGUCCUGUCCUUGCUCAGCACCUCCUCGAGUUCAGGUGGGGCAAACCGAGGCAGGAGUAGCAGCUGCCCCUCUUCCUGGGAUAUGCAGCCCUUAGAGACUGCCUCAGAGCCCAGCUCUCAGCCAGGGAGGAGAUGGGCCCCUCCCUUGCUCAGUGCCUCCUGGCCGGGGCCCCUCACCCAGGGCUCUGUAUAUACAUUUCGUAAGCCCACCCCUCCCAUGUUGCAUGCAUGUUACACUCUACAGCCAAAGUACAGCCCUUCCUCCUGGCCUCUGUCCUGCCAACCCCCUGCAGGGGUGGUGGGGGGAUGAUGGAGCUGUCAUCCCAGCAGGAUUUUGUAGAGGUGGGAACAGGGGCAUUGAGACUUUAAAGCAGUAGACAAUCCCCAGAUACCAUCCGUAGGUUUGGAACUGCGUUUUUUAUUUUAUAUGCGUAUAUUUUAGGGCUGUAGAUUUACUUUCCUAAUUUGUUUUCCAUAGCUUAUUCCUGAGCACAAAAUGAUAAUAAUCGAUGAAAUUUAUACAUCACCUCUUUGACUUUUUCAAAGCCCUUUUACGACUAUUGGCAUUUUCCUCACCCCGACCUGUGGGGCAGUUGGAACCGGUAGCAUUAUCUUUUCUACGAGAGACCCAGAGAAGUGGAGUGUAAGCUAGGACUAGAGAAACUUGGCUCUCCCACCUUGGGGUGGGGAGGCAGAAGUUUGGCUGUUAGUUUCACAAGAGGCGGGGGGGUCACGGGGUCACGGUUAUUGAAUCCCUUCUCCCUUCUCCAGGCCACUCCCUGCAGCAGCAACAGAGGAGCCGGUCCUGCUCUGUCUUUAGGCCUUGUAGAUAAGGGAGAGUGGACUAUCUAAAUCCUCGCCUCCCUUUUUUUUUUCUUUUUGUUUGGAUGUUUUCACGGGUCUCACUUAUACCAAAGGGAAAGAAUCAUUAAAGUCCAUAUUUCUUCUACCUCGG